GGCUGCACAAGAAACAUCCGGGUCUCUCAGGUUCCCGUUUGGCGACCCGUCGCCAUUAGUGCAAGCCCGUUUGAUCGGAUCUAUUUUUUUAGUCAAAAUCUCAAAAUUCUCCUGUUUUCCAGCUUUUGGAAAACAUUUAACGCCUUUGUUAAGGUGCAUUUAGUCUUCCUUAACGAGUAAAAGCUUUAAACUCGGGGGUCUUGGCCCCGCGUGGCGAGCUUUCGUCCUCUCUACCAACAACCUCCAUAACUUGAGACGCCGAAAUCGUGUCUCUAAUUUUUUCCUUUUGUUGUUUUAUUGUGAAGAUGUCGCCGUGAUGGGGUCUCCGUGUUUGACAGAAAUGAACCAGGGCCUUCGUCGCCUGACCCGCACUCACUUCAGCCCGGCUCCCCCUUGUGUUUCUCUGCUUGGUGCUGGAGAGCUCGUCGGCUCUCUACCCGGAGCUCGGCCCCAGAGUCGCUCAGUGCACGGAGACAAACAUGGAGAAAAACCCCAACAGCAGCACCAACAGCAAGGUCCCGCCCCGCUCCAGCUCCACAGGCCCAGCACCGGGCGACUCUAAACCCAAAACAGAAAGUAAAAAUAAUGGAGGCUCCAAGCGCUACAGCCGCAAGCGCGAGCCCUCCUUUCCUAAAACCGAAAGUUUACAAGGCUCUCGCCACACCAAUUCACAGAAAAGCAAGAAUUUUGACAAGAGACCCCCUCAGAGAGGUGGAGGGCGACAGUAUGGCGUUGCAUGUGGAGGACGACGGGAGGAGGUAGCAGAAACACGCCGGGCCGAGUUUAGCCCGGCUGAGUUUGCUGGACAGAAAAAAAUAAACCUCAACCACCUGCUGAACUUCACUUUUGAACCCCGUGGAGGUAAUGGUGGCUUCGGAGAUGGAGGCCCCUCCGGUUGGGGCCGCCGAAACAAAUGGGGCCACAAGCACAAGCCCUUCAACAAGGAGCUAUUCCUACAAGCCAAUUGCCAGUUUGUGGUGACUGAUGACCAGGACUACAAGGCUCACUUCACUGAUCCAGACACUCUGGUCAACUGGGACUGUGUGCAGCAAGUGCGCAUCUACAGUCAUGAGGUGCCGUCUUGUCCCAUCUGCCUCUACCCUCCUUUGUCAGCCCGCAUCACCCGGUGUGGACACAUCUUCUGCUGGCCGUGCAUGCUGCACUACCUGUCUCUUGGUGACAAGAGCUGGUCCAAGUGCCCGAUCUGCUACGAGGCAGUUCACACCGCUGACCUGAAGAGUGUGGUUGCUAUGGAGACCAAGCAGUAUGUGGCUGGAGAUGUAAUCACCAUGCGCCUGAUGCGGAGGGAAAAGGGUGCUCUGGUGGCCAUGCCCAGCUCUCAGUGGGUGAAGGUGGAGGAGCCUGUUCGCUUUGGAGAUACGUGUCUUAGCCCGUACUCCAAGCUGCUACUGACCUCCGCAACGCAGGUUCUGAGCUUUGUGGCAGAAGAGAAGGCUGUCCUGCAGGCUCAACUCAGCCAGGAAGGGGACGCCCAAGGCUGUUUCAUCGAGAGCGCCCUGUGCCUUUUGCAGGAGCGAGAGGAAAUGCUGCUGAAGCAGCAGAAGGCAAAUGUAGGAGACAGUCUUGACCUCUCCUCUCUGACUCUGGAAGAACCUUCUCCUGUGGAGGAAGUGGUUACUACCUUCAGCAGCACCAAGCCCGUGCUGCAGUACUCCUCUGCAUUUGAUGAUGAGGUGGCUGAGCCAGAGGAAGCCACCGCAGAGCUGCCAGACUUCCCUGAAAGUAUUUUGGAGAGUGUGCUAGAGGAGCCUCCAGAGGCUAUAAUGGAGGCAGCCCCAGAGCCCCAACCUGAUGAGGAGGGCCCUGCCAGGCAGACUGAGUCAGGCCGCCCUUCAGCCAGCGCGGUGCACGGACCAUACUACUAUUUCUACCAAGCUGAUGACUGCCAGCAGAUGUUCCUGCAUCCUGUGAAUGUACGCUGUCUGUUGCGUGAAUACGGCAGCUUGGAGGCCAGUCCUGACUCCAUCACUGCGACAGUGGUGGAGAUAGUGGGACAGUCAAUCAAUGAGGAUAUCCGUCGGCGACAUCGCUAUCUGGCACAUCUGCCACUCACAUGCGAGUUCAGCAUCUGUGAGUUAGCCCUACAGCCGCCGAUCCUGUCCAAAGAAACUCUGGACACGUUUGCAGAUGACUUGGACAAGAGAAAGCGCCUGAGGCAGAAGAAAGCAAGGGAUGAGAAGCGCAGAGAGAAGCGAAUAGAAAUUGAGGAGAACAAGAAGCAGGGUAAAUAUCCAGAGGUGCAUAUUGGAUUGGAGAACUUUCACCAUUUCCCAGCGUUCGGAUCUCCUCCUCACAACAGCAGCCCCCAAAUGCAGCCUGACUUCACAAUUGCCCCGUCUUCACCCCUCAGCAGCAGUCCUUCCUCUGAUGGGAUGAGAUUCCCAAAUUGGAAUGGGCAAAGCUCUUCACCCAUUGUGGGCAGUGUGGAGGAGGACUCCCACUGUAUGUCCUUUGCACAGAUGCUAAGAGAUGGGAAAGCCAGAGCUGAUGCUGGGCCCAGGAUUACUCCAAAGAAAGAUAAUCUGCUAGCUCCCCCAGCAGCAGACAGCGAUGGAGAGAGCGACGGGUCGGAGCGAGUCCCUGUGCCCAGCUUCCAGAACUCCUUCAGCCAGGCUUUUGAGAAGGCGCUUCUGCAGCUGGACAAUGGUCCAGCCUCUGCUCCACAACCUGUGGUUGUCCCAGAUGAGAAAGGUGGAAAGAAGAAGAAGAAAAAGCAGAAACUUCUAUUCAGCACAUCCAUGGUUCACACAAAGUAAACAACACUGAAGUUCAUUUAAUCAUAUUGUUUCUUGAGUUGAUCUUCCCGACGCUUGUGUUUUUACUUACAUGCAGAUAUUUCUUGGAACCAUAAGCUAUGGAAAAAGGUUUUAGUAGAUACAAAGUUCAUGCUGCUUUUGGUCAUUGUUGUAUGGGCUUGAUCCUUUGUUUGGGUGGCAUAACUUCAGGUUAAUAUACCUUACAAUUUCAUUGUACAACUAGGUCAAAGCUUUGCUACAUCCUCCCGGCACACUACAAGCCUUAUGGAUAACAUUUUGUUGAGAUGCUAAGUAAAGCUGGGAUUUAACUAGCUGCUGGCUCACAUUAUGUGAGCUUUAGACUUUUUAUGGCACAGUGGUUUGCUGUAUGAUGUCCAACUUUCCUGAAGUUGACCCUGAGCAUCUAGGAUCCAUGAGUAAUAUUGAUUAGAUCUUUAUGGGUGUAGCAGUCAGCCAGCUGCAGUUACGUUGCACCUUUUUAAAUCUUUCCAAGAUACUUAGUGCUCAGGCACCAGUGUUGAAUUUCAGCUUUGAAAGAAUGGAAACAAGUACAUUUCAGUGUUUAUCACAGGUAACUAUUUGGAUAAACGCUUCACCACCCAUCUAGAGGAUUGAUUUUUUGACUGACAUUGAUGCCCUGGGAUUUUUUAACAACAACAUGACUACAUGAUGUUCUAAUACCAUUGCGAGAAAGCAAAAACACAGUAUUGUAUUAAAGAGAUUAGAUCUGUUGGUUCAACAGAACUCCGGUAUAUUCCAGCUUGGUUAAACCAUAAGUCCGCACUUCCUUCUCAUUCAGUUUCUCCUCGGUCUCAUCUUCUGUUUAAGAUGGUUUACUUACUUUUAACAUUACUCCCCCAGUUUCAUUUCAGUGUUGAAAAUGUGUGAAGUUAGACAAUUGCUGAUAUUUAAAGAAUGCUUUUGAAACCUGAAGAAAAGUGGAUUGGAUUGAUUUUGUUUUGUUUGAGGGUUCUUUAAGUCACUUUUAAGUUUGAGCAAGUUUAAAGACCAGUGAACAAAACUAGUCUGUGGGAAUGAAUAAAAAAUGAUGCACAA